UGUGAAGCUCAGAACUGAGGCUGCACUCCGCAAGUCCUCCUUCCCUGGCAUCGGUCCCACUUCUGUCUCCUGAACUCAGGCGGCCAUGGCCUGUCAAGGUCAGAGUCUGGGCUCCAGUUCAGAUGAAGACAACAGUGUGAGGUUUCGGAGAAGCUUUGGUGCAUCCACUCGAGCCUGGAGGCCCAGGACAUGGAGGCCUUGAAGUUCCUCUGCAAAGAUCUGGUCUCCAAGCAGAGGACCGGGUCAGUGGAUCUGUUUCAACUCCUCCACAAGGAGUCGCUGCUCAGCGAGAAGGAGCCCCUCCUCCUGGCUGAGCUCCUGUCCACCAUCAGGGAGAGCUUGCUGCUGCGGCACCUUGGAUAUGCCUGGGAGUGGGUGCAGCAGCUGUUGCGCACCCACAGGGGGUGUCACGAUUCAGGAGGGAGGUGUGUACAGGAUGGGCCGGAAGCACAGGGGCACCGUGUCAUCAUCAGCAACUUCUGCGUGAAGGGACUGCGUGAGAACGGGGACACACACGGAUGCUGUAGUAUUCCAGAUGAGGCAGAUUUCUUGCUCAGUCUGGCUACUCUCCCUGGCUAUGUGUCCUUUCAGCACGCGGAGAAAGGUACCCAGUAUAUUGAGUCUCUGUGCAAUCAUCUGAAGAACCUGGUUGCAAGCCCAGAGGGAGAAGGCAUUGCUAAUGUCAUGCGUAUGUGCCGUGUGUCCGCCUGUCUCGCUCUUCCGAAGACCUGGUGUGGUUUCUGCCUGCAGACAGCAGGACAUCUGUCCAUCCUCACGGCCAUCAAGCAUGAUGUGAGCCAGCGAACAGACUCCACCGGGAAGACGGGAAGACGACGCAGAUGCCCCAGGCUGCUUUCACGCUCAGGAGGAAGCUAGUUUUCCCUGUGCCCCCUAAAGAAUUUGGACAAUAACAGAGUUCAUCAGCUCCUAGACUUGAAAGGGACCUUUGCUGAUUCCUGUGACCCG